CUUGCGAACUUUAACUCGCAAUCAUGGAUAUCUCAGUGCUGUGGCUCUACCUGGUCCUUGUGUCCGGUCUGAUCAUCUUCUUGGUGCCCACUGUAGAGUCCACCUUGCUUCUGUGGGCCUGCUUAUACCGGCUGGAGAUCUGUCCCUUUAAGACCACCACCUCUAAAUCAUCAUAAUGAAAAUACUAUAUUUAACUCCCGACUAUUCCAACGGUCAAUAAAAAGAAUAAUAUUUUAAACAUUCUAAAUCAACUUCGUCGGAGUCCGCUGUUUUCACAAGCAGAGCACUUGCUGACUCCAAAAAGAUACAUCAUCAUCAGAAAACCAAAUCCAGUCCUCUGUCUAUCCCAUCCCCUUGACGCUAUGCUUGGCCGGUUGAGUAAGUAAGAGCCAAAGUUAUCAGGCA